UUCUGUUCAUUAUUUCUGAGAAAAUUAUAUAUGAAUCAAUAGAACUAUCAAUUAAAAUUGACAUCAGUUCCAAUUAAUUUUUUAAUCAAAGUCUCAUCGCGAUUGUUUAAUGCAAACUCGUGAUUUUUGCUGAUUUGGUUUAUUUUAUACAAAUUGCUGUUGGUUUUCAUAAUUCAAAAUCACAGACUAAAAAGUGUAUAAAAGCAGCUCAGACCCAUAGAAAUCAUUAGUCUAAUAAUUAAUUAUUGUUCACCUAACAACUACCAGUCAUAAUGAUUCGAGCUGCUUUAUUCAUUCCUUUAUUUGCCUUGGCCGCUGCUGCUAGCCUUUCACUUGACUCCCAAUGGGAAUCAUUCAAGACUAAAUACGGCAAAUCUUAUGAAUCAAAUGUAGAAGAAACCUACAGACGAAGUGUUUUUGCUCAGAAAAUGGAAUUGAUCAAGGCUCACAAUGAAAGAGCGAACAAUGGUGAAUUUACCUACAGAAAAGGAAUCAACAAAUUCUCUGAUUUGACCACCGAGGAAUUCAAAGCAAAAUACCUUGGAUUCAAGGCAACUGCUCGUCGAAUCGCACCUUUCAUUUACAAGGUAAACAAGACCGUCAAAGCUCCAACCUUAGUUGAUUGGAGAACCAAAGGAAUCGUUAGUGAAGUCAAAGAACAACAGGAAUGUGGUGCGUGCUGGGCUUUCUCUGCCAUCGCUGCUAUCGAAGCAGCUAAUGCCCAAAAAACUGGUAAACUUGUUGUACUUUCAGAACAAAACGUGUUGGAUUGCUCAUGGAAAUAUGGUGAUCAAGGAUGCGGUGGUGGUUACAUGGAUGAUGCUUUCUUAUAUGUUAAAGACAACAACGGCGUUGAUACUGAAAAAUCUUAUCCAUACAUUUCUGGUGACGGACAAGAUUACCACACAUGUCGAUACAAUGAAUCCAACAAGGGUGCUUCAAUCGCAUCCUUUGUCGAUAUACCAGAAGGUGACGAGGAAGCCCUUUUAUCUGCAGUUUCUGAACAUGUUGUUGCAGUCGCCAUUGAUGUUGGACCACUCCAUGAUUAUGAAGCUGGUAUUUUAAAUACCAACGAGUGUUCAAGUGACCCUAAAGAUCUUAGCCAUGCUGUAGCUGUUGUGGGAUACGGUUCUGAAAACGGUAUUCCAUUUUGGAUUGUCAGGAACAGUUGGGGUCAAGAUUUUGGUGAAUCAGGUUAUUUCAGAUUGUACAGAGGUAGCAACAUGUGCGGUAUUGCUAACCUAGCUUCUUAUCCAAUUGUUUAAAUUGUCAAUAACUGUUUUAUGAACCUGAACUUAUUGAUAGAUUAAAUUUUAAGAAAAAAUUGCUUCACUAA